GGAGGGGGUUAUCGUUGGAUGGUCUCAGGUCCUGGUCACACCGUUGCCGUUUCGCUUCUAUCGAGAAGACGUCGAGUUCUUCUGCCGUUCUCGUCCAGCUCUUCCAGCAGAGUCGGAGCCAUGGGGAAAGGCUGCUUCAAGGCGACCAAGUACUUCCUGUUCCUGUUCAACCUCCUCUUCUUCCUCCUCGGGUUGCUCGUCUUGGGUUUCGGGCUAUGGGUUCUUCUGGACAGCAAGAGCUUCGUCACCGUUCUGCAGGAGUCAUCCGCCUCCAUCAAGGUGGGCUGCUACAUCCUUAUCGGCGUUGGCUCCCUCUCCAUGCUCAUGGGCUUCCUGGGCUGCCUGGGUGCCAUCUAUGAGGUCCGCUGCCUGCUGGGGCUGUAUUUCACCUGCCUGCUGCUGCUCCUCAUCGCUCAGGUGACGGCUGCGGUGCUCAUCUAUUUCCAGCAGGACCUCCUCAAGAACGAGAUGUCGGGCAUCGUGAACAAGAUCAUUGUGGACUACACAGGACAAAACAAGAGCACGGAGGUCGCCUGGGACUACAUCCAGAAGACGAUGCAUUGCUGUGGCUGGGCCGGCCCGGGGAACUGGAGCGAGAACGCAGUGAUCAGGAACAGCUCGCACACGCUGUACCCCUGCUCCUGUCUGGACUCCCACAGUACCAACUCGACCCCACAUAAGCACAGCGGUUUCUGCGAGAGCCCAAACUGGCCUGUGUAUACCACGGGCUGCGCCUACAGUGUGGAGAAGUGGGUCACGGACAACCUGGGGGUCAUUCUGGGGAUCUGCGCCGGCAUCGCCGUCAUCGAGCUGCUGGGCAUGAUCCUGUCCUUGUGUUUGUGCAAGAACGUCCACCAGGAGGACUACACUAAAGUGCCCAAGUACUGAUGCUGAGGAUGGAGAGCUGUCCACCUGAAUGCUGGUCCCCACCGCCUCCCUCUUCUGUCUCGCCCCCGGCCUCCCAAUCCUGAGACAUCCUGCAUCCCGACCAGCCCUCCUCGCUGUACCGGAGGGUUGGUCGGGAGCACUGGAACUGAAGAUCUGGGACAUCGCUGCGCCGUACUGGGUCGACCUCUUUCAGACCCUUGUUGACAGAACAUGAAGCUGUGCCAUUGAACUAUAUCUUUCAUUAUUGGAUGGAAUGAAAAUUCUUUUUUUUAUAUAUAUAUAUAUAUAAAUAGGGGGAAAAUCUUUGAAAAGUUUAAAUUUCUAAAGCAUGACGUACGUUUCCGUGACCUUGAGGCGCAGACCUGGUUUCCUCAGAGGUCAGCAGAUGGGUGUGUUUGAACACACAUCACUUUGUUCUCUUACUUUGUUCUGCUUCCCUUAGCCCGUUGUCCUGGUUUCCUGUGAGCACUUUAGUGGGACUUGAGAUGAUGCUGAGACUGAAGCUCACCCGAGUCUCCAUGGUGACCAUGGUGGGGGAGCUGAGGGCUAUGGGGGGAGCUCGAAAGACCUUAAAAUGGCAUCAGAUAGUUGAAGUUGGAGGUUUGGGGGGGGGGGGGGUCGGUCAGGUAAGGACAUUGGCUAAAGGAGGUGGACAUAUGGAGGAAUGAGCUCACAGCAGCAACCCCCCCAAGUAUUCCACGCAAAUCUAUGACUUGCUGCCGACUGGUCAGCAGUGACCCCUCGUAGUCCUGUCAUCUCGGUCCUCUCUUCUGCCCCCCUUCAGCCACUGGACUCUGCUCCAGCUGCUCUCCCAACCUGUUUAUUUUUAUAUAUUUUUUUUUUUUUUUGGCCAAAUUUAUUAUUUUUUUGCAUGAUCUUUUUUGUGUUUUUAGUAUUGAUUCUAUUUUCUUUCACAAUUUUGUGUGUAUGUGUGUAUAUAAAUAUAAUAUCUGCUGUAGGUUAGAAAUGACUGACUGAGAAUCUGGACAACGUGUUUUUGUGGACAAGACUGUGUUGUCAGCUUUUUUAUUUGGUGAAAGUGGUCAGUCAUGUGUUGUUGUAAGUCACUAUUGUUCUCUUUGGGCGCAGCGUUCGCUCGAUAACCCCACUGUCAGCAAACCGGAGCUCCGACUGCGGGGGCCCUGCUGGCUGGAGCCCAUCACCCCCUGCAGAUCUCCCAGAACCCUUUGCAGCAAAGGCCUGCACAUGGCGCACGUUCAGGUUCCUUUGUGGGUUUGAUCCCAAAACACUGAAUCUCGAUUAAACUUGUGGAAGUGUCCCUCCCCAGUAGGUACUUUGACCUCCUGGCCCUUACUCCUCGACGUAUAGAGGCAACUGAAACUCCUCCCACAUUAAGCAGCACUACGGUCGCUAUUCUUUAAUUAUAUCACAGAUUUCUUUGCUACUUAUAGGGACAGACUUUUCUGUAUAGAAGAAAAAGUUUUGAUAUAGAAAAAUGGGUGAAGCAAUUUUAUAAUCUCAUACCUUUUUUUGAAUGUUGGUCUGGAAUAUUUUUUUAAGGCGAGGAAUUCUCUUAAGUUAAAAUGGAUUUUUUUUUUUCCUCUACAGAAAGUUACAGCACUGAAACGGAAAAAUUCAGUGUAAAUUUUUUUAAUUUUUUUAAUUAAAAUGUAUAGUCCAUAUGUAUCAUGUCACUUGUGCUGUGAUUCCUCAUUUUUGCCCAUGUUUUGUUCAGUAAGUGGAACAAUAAAACUCACCCUAAGUAA